CACUUACUUGAUUUUGUUUGAUUAACGUUUUAAUUGUGGCCAUAGAUAGUUUUAAAUCAGCCUUCUGGCAAUAACAACGUUUAGUUUUCUCGUGAAGUCGUCGUGAAACGAACACACUUGCUUAUCAUUCAUUAAAUAUUGGUGGAAAACGGUUCAAAAUUCCCAUGAGUGAACUUGAAAUAUAUUGGAAUUUAAUUGUAAAAGAAAAAUAGUUUUAUUCAUCGAAAAUCCAAAAAAUUUGCAGUUCUUAAUAAAUUUAAUAUUUUUAAAAAAGACUUCAAAAAAUUAGGUUUUUCUGCAGUAAAGUUCCUUUACAGUUCUCAUAUAAAUAAAUAGUUCCAAAAUGCGAGAGAUUCCCGUUCUUAUAAUUCUGUUUAGUGUAUUAGCAAUAGCCUUAAGUGAAGAUCAUUGUAUUUGGUAUAAAACGUGCUACGAAAAUGAAAAAGGCUUCAAAAACAAUUGCCCAUACAAUGGUCCUGGUUUUGCUCUUGGUCCCGAUGAUAAGAUUGCAAGAGAAAUUAUGUUUAAUCGAUGUCCCGAAGUUUAUAAAGACCCAUCUGACCUAUUGUGUUGUGAUAGUGAAAUGAUACAAAUUAUGGAAUCCAACUUUGUGACGUUCUCUGGUAUUUUUGGCCGAUGCGAGACGUGUAUGAAAAAUUUUCAGAUAUCAAUUUGUUCAAUGAAUUGUUCGCCGAAACAAAGUCAAUAUUUAACACCAUACAUAGAAACGGCACAAAAUGGAGAUGAAACAAUUGAAUAUAUCGAUUCCGUUGAUUUUAACAUAACUAAGGAGUACAUACAAGGUGUCUAUGAUAGUUGUAGUCGAGUGUUGAUGCCGUCGUCAGGGAACUAUGCAAUGGACCUGGCAUGCGGUCUAUAUGACUCAAGAUCGUGCAGUGCAGAGAGAUGGUAUGAAUAUACGGGAAAUUUCACUUUCAACGAGUUUGUCCCCUUUCAAAUCAACUACGUUUUUGGAAAUGAUACCAAUGUUUUCCGAGCUGAUACAAAAAAAUGCAACGAAUCUUAUCCGAAUUCAGUAGAAUGUGCAUGCACGGAUUGUCCUGUAUCAUGUCCAGCCAAUGAAAAUAUUCCCGAAGACGAUACAAUAUGGCAAAUUAUCAGUGUAGUGAUUCGUAUACUCGUCAUUGUGGUUUUAUUUGUUGUGUCACUGGUUAUUGUUGGAUUUGGAUUUCCAGCUUUAAGAUUCCCAAAGUGGCUCACGGGUACGUCGAAAGUAGACGAAGUGCUUACAAAAGGAUUUCAACAUUGGGGACGAUAUUUCACUCAUUAUCCGGUGCUUACUCUCCUCGUGUGUGCCAUAAUCAUAAUUAAACUUAGUGUUGGUAUAGUUUUUAUCGAAAUAACUACCGAUCCAGUUGAACUUUGGGCAGCACCACAUAGUCGAUCACGGCAAGAAAAAGAUUUCUAUGACAAUGCGUUUGGUCCAUUCUAUCGAACAGCACAGGUUUUCAUUAAACCAGUUAAACCACAUUAUGUUAAUCACAGCACAGCUGCGGGCUCACUGCAGUUUGGUCCAGCAUUUGAUAGAGAAUUUCUGCAAGAAAUAUUCCGAUUGCAGCAAUCAAUUGAAGAAAUCGGACGAGAUGAUUCGAAGGGUUUGGAACAUGUAUGUGUUGCACUGAUGGCUUCAUCCGAUGCAAAGCCGAACAUUUCACAGUGCGUUGUGCAAUCUUUGUUCGGUUAUUUCGGCAACAGCAUGGAGGCCUUUAAUUCAUCUCACGAAGAAAAUGGUUACACAAUUAAUUACUUGGACAAAUUGGAUCAAUGUUUAGUUAAUCCAUAUGACAUUAAAUGUAUGGCUCCAUAUAAGGGACCGGUUGAACCCGGAAUUGCAUUGGGAGGUUAUAAGAAGGCGAGUUCAUCCGAAGAAUCUAACGAUUACAGAUCGGCAACCGGUAUAAUACUUACAUUUUUGAUCAAAAACUAUAAAAAUGAGACGUUGUUAGAGCCCGCAUUAGAAUGGGAACUUGAAUUCAUCAACUUUAUGAAGAAAUUCGAUUCGGCAAAUCUGGAUAUUGCAUUCUCAGCUGAACGCUCAAUCCAAGAUGCGAUCGAAGAAAUGUCAGAGGCGGAAACUUCAACGGUUCUUAUUAGCUACGGUGUAAUGUUCUUGUACGUCGCUGUUGCGUUGGGCAAUUUUAAAAGUUUCAAAACACUUUUGUUUCAUUCAAAAUUUGCACUUGCUUUCGGUGGCAUUUUGAUAGUGCUAUCGUCCGUAGUAUGCAGUUUAGGGAUAUUCGGAUAUUUGCGUUUACCAACAACAAUGCUUACGAUCGAAGUCAUACCAUUUUUAGUUCUGGCCGUUGGUGUUGAUAAUUUGUUCAUCUUGGUUCACGCAUACGAACGACUCGAUGCGUCAAAAUACGCGUCAUCAAGUGAAGCUGUUUCACAUGCACUUGGUCAAGUGGGGCCAUCAAUUUUGCUAACAGCCAUUACACAGGGAUGUUGUUUCGGAAUUGGGGCAAUAAAUGAAAUGCCAGCCGUGCAAACAUUUGCGUUGUAUGCAACAGUGGCUAUUUUAUUCAACUUUUUGCUACAAAUCACCGCUUUUAUUGCCCUGAUGACGAUUGAUUCAAUUCGAUACAACAACGAUCGACUCGAUUUACUGUGCUGCUUUAAAUACUCCCAAGUAACUGGUGAUCAAUUGCCAAUGAAGAGCUGUUUGCAAUCACUUUUUGAAUCGGCUUGCACACCAAAACUUCUGUUAAACAAAUUUUUCAAAGCCUUCAUUCUGUUACUAUUCACAACUUGGACGUGUGCUUCAAUCUAUUUCAUUCCAAGCAUUGAACCGGGCUUGGAUCAACAGCUUACAAUGUCAGAGGAAUCGCAUGUUUACAAAUACUUUAGCGUAAUGAAUGAACUACUAGCAAUGGGCCCACCAGUAUAUUUCGUUCUGAGCACUAAAUUAAACAUGAGUAAUAUAUCUAAUCAAAAUCUAUUGUGUGGAGGUCAAUUGUGUAAUAAGGAUUCGAUUGUUACAAAAUUACACAUGGCAUCAACUGCCCCAGAUAUAACAAGAGUCGCAAAACCUCCAUCAUCUUGGAUUGAUGAUUACAUUGAUUGGUUGGCAAUUGGCACCUGUUGCAGAAUUCAAAGUGAUAAUAUAACGUUCUGUCCCAGCAGCAACUCUUCAUGCGCUUUUUGUACAAAAGCCCGGGAAGAAAAUUUACUUAUUAAACGACCGUCCGUUGAAACAUUUGAAAAAUAUUUACCAUUUUUCCUCCAAGACAUACCGGAUUCAUUUUGCGCGAAAGCUGGAAAGCCGGCAUAUUAUAAUGCUGUUGACAUUAGUAAGGAAAAGGGAACGAGUUACUUCAUGAGUUAUCAUACAUCAGUUAGCAAAUCGUAUGAUUUUUACACAUCCCUAAGAGAGGCCCGAAAAGUUAGCGAUUCUAUCGCCGAUGUGAUUAGAAAGCAUGACGACGAAGCGAAAUUUUUCCCGUACAGUAUUUUCUAUGUUUACUACGAGCAAUAUUUGAACAUAUGGAAAGAUGCAUCAUUUUCGUUGGGCAUUUCAUUGGCCACUAUUUUCACCGUAUCAUUUAUUCUGACUGGUUUCGAUUUUAUUGCUGCCCUGAUCAUUCUAAUGAUGGUCACGCUCAUUGUCAUAAAUAUGGGCGGUCUUAUGUGGCUUUGGAAUAUUUCACUGAAUGCGAUAUCUGUGGUCAAUUUGGUUGUUUGCAUUGGAAUUGGCGUCGAAUUCGUAUCACAUAUCGUACGAGCGUUUUGUAAGGCAGAGGGUUCGUAUGAACAACGAUCUAGUGAGGCGCUGAUCAAAAUGGGUAGCAGUGUUUUUUCAGGCAUAACACUGACCAAGUUUUCAGGCAUAUUAAUUUUGGCAUUCGCCAAAUCACAAAUAUUCCGUAUCUUUUACUUCCGCAUGUAUUUGGGGAUAGUUGUAAUCGGUGCGUUGCAUGGAUUGAUCUUGCUGCCAGUGGUGCUUACAUUUUUCGGUCCACUUCCACGCAAAUCACGAACUUAAGCUAAUUUUUACCAUUCGUUUACAGAGUUAAGAUGUUAGUUUAAUUUCCCACGCUAAGUUUAGCCUAUUGUAAUAUAUAUUUGCAAAAUAAAUUCCAUGUACAUUUUUCUAAAUAAAAAGAUCAUUUCGCAUUGCGAAAAGAAAA